AUGAUCGUAGACCUUCUCAGCGAAGGCAUCGUCGACCAAGCUGUUGCUAUCGUCCAGGUGGUCGGCGACCACAACAUCCUUAACAGAGACGUUCGACCUGACAACUUUAUAAUCGAGCAGAAUAGGAGUGGCUCUUAUAGGGUGUUUAUGAUUGACUUUGGUCUAGCUAGAUUGCGAGGCCGGGACGAGUCUGACCGCGAUUGGGGUAAAGCUAAGCUGAAUAGGGACGAGGAGGGAGCGGUUGGGUUGGUGAUGAAGAAGCGACUUGCUAGAGAAGGCUUUGAGCUCCGAUUCGAGAAGUCCGAUAGAUAUAUGGAAUGGGCCGGCGGAGAUGACGAAUAA